AUGUACUUCGCUGCACUAUUCGUUCUAUGCAUUUUUAUCGUUGGAAGUUCACCCUACAAGUCAACUAGAGUCUUAAUUUAUAAUGGACGGGUUUACAAAGAAAGCAUAGAACAGCCAUGGUUCCGUUACCCACAUGAACCUCAUCCUCCUAUCCCGCUCAGACUUGCGAACGAGACGGGCUUUGGCAAACAUGAACUUCCAGAUGAUGACGUGUUCGUGGAACAUGAGUGGACGGAAGAAGAGAAGAAAUAUUUGCCGUGUUUGGAUCUGAUCUGCGCGUGUCCGUACUACGGAGGGAAAGUUUCCGGAUCUAAAUGUAUCCUGUCAAACGGCAAACUAUUACAAAAAGCUAUACGGAAAGAGGCUCGUCAGCUCAGCGAUAGUGAACGAUUCCAAAUCGCGAUAGCUUUCAAUAAGAUGAAAACGGCAGGCAUCUAUGAUCGUAUCGGCUUCGUACAUAAAUACAGCGGACUACAUGAAGGUCCGGGAUUUUUCACUUGGCAUAGGGAGUACCUUAAAAGGUUUGAACUCGCAUUCCGUCGCUUUCUUCCACUUGGCAGCCGGCUUGGACUUCCAUAUUGGGACAGUUCGCUUGAGUCUGAACUUCCCAAUCCUCGAGAGUCAGUGUUCUUUUCGUCAUUGUUUGUUGGCGCGACAAAUUCAACAGGCCAUAUUAUAGAUGGUCCUUUCUCGGACUGGAAUAUCAUGGAGGGAACUCGUCGAGUAGUACGUUUCGUUCCUGACGUGGAAAACGGCGAGGUUUUGAACAACGCACGAAUUGAUGUCAUUCUGGAGCAGAAGAAAAUCGAAAACGUGUUAGCUGCAGCUCUACCAUUAGAAACGUGCAAAAUUAUUGUUCGUGACGACCGGUUACUGUCGUAUUCACACGAUUAUGUCCAUUAUUUCAUCAAUGGUGACAUGCGAGAGACUUUCUCAUCGACUAGUGAGCCUAUUUUCUAUUUCCACCACCCCAUGAUAGAUAACAUAUGGGAAAUGUGGCGACAAUUACGACAGACCCGUGAGCAGCGAGAACAACAGUGGUUACCUCCGUAUCCCGACUGCUACCCGCCGAAGCACUUUGCCAAUGCUUCUCUCAAGGAACUCGAACCAUAUACAAACGAGGAUGUUCUUACGAACAAAUACACGGACAACAUGUACGAGUAUACAAAACGGCCGAGCUGUUCCAAAACGAACAAAAACUGUAGAUCAAAAUUCCUCUUUUGCCAUAAAAUCGAAGGCAAUCCACAAUGUAUAGCGAAACUUCGAGAAGGCGCCGAUUGUAGAGGAUUCGAAAAGACUCCAAUCUGUUACGGAGGUCGCUGCAUUGAAGGCCGCUGCGUCCGAAGUAAGGCAAAUGUUGGACCGGAUCCAAAAGAAUUCAUGUAA